AUGUAUUACCGUGACAGCCGUGUUGAUGAAUGUAAUGAUGAUUGGAAGAAAUUGGCAAAUAUGGAUGAUACUAAACAAGAAUUUAUAUUCCCUCCACUGGGGAUUAAGCCAAAAGUUUUUGUCAAUCACCAUUUUGGUCCAAAUUCUAAACUUCCUAUGGCUCAAUUCAACAAAGGUACAACAACGUUAGCAUUUCAUUACAAACCGAAGACUCCGAAUGACAAAGGCGGUGUUGUGAUUUCUGUCGACUCUAGAGCUUCUGGUGGAAGCUUUAUUAUGUGCAAGGACGUCAAUAAGAUUUUGCCAAUUAAUGAAAGAAUGGUUGCAACAAUGGCUGGUGGUGCUGCAGAUUGUCAAUAUUGGAUUAGUGUAGUUACUAGAUAUUGCAAUUUGUUUGAACUUCGUGAAGGAAGGCCAAUAACUGUUUCUGCAACGUCCAAAUAUCUUGCUAAUAUUAUGUAUAGCAACAAAAAUAAUGGGCUUAAUCUGGGUUCGAUGGUUGCCGGUUAUGAUCAUAAAGGGCCCUCCAUUUAUUUGGUUGACAGCUCUGGAAUGCGUUGCAAAGUGCCCGAUUUUGUUUCUGUUGGUUCUGGCUCAUUAAAUGCUUAUGCAGUUUUGGAUAGCCGUUAUAAAGAGGAAAUGACAGAUGAGGAGGCUAUAAAGCUUGGGAGAGAAGCAAUUAUGCAUGCAACUUAUAGAGAUUCUGGUUCUGGAGGAUCUAAUCAGGUGCUUCUUAUUACUAAAGAAGGUAAAACGAAAUUUCCACUUAUGGAUGUUAGCGAUAUGUAUUAUGACUUUGCUAAAAGUAAAGGAAUUGAUAUUUACAAAUUAAUGGAUAAAAUGAAUUAA